CAGCCGGUGUAAUGACGUGCUGCUGUGCCCGCCGCGGGGGAGAGCGCAGCGGCUGCACCACGUGGUCUACUUCCCGGGGGACGUGCAGCGUCACCGACACAGCUGUGCAACCUCACAAGGCAGAACUUGCCGAGCCUGAGCAAUUGAUCAAAGAGCAUCAGGAUAAGAGCCGUACAGUCACAGAGAACAUACUACGGAAUAAAGCAUAAAUCCAGGAGAUGGCCCAGAGCAUCAGGAGGCCUAGCAGAACCGACACAUCCUUUUCAGGUCGGAGACAAAGUCGUUGUGAAAGUGCUCCCGAGGAAUAAAGGUCCAGGAGAUUUCACCUAUGGUCCAGAGACGGAAGUCGUGGCAGUAACCAGAACGGCUGUACUUACUGAAGAGGGGCCCACGUGGAUACACGCAUCCCGAGUGAAGAAGAUACCCAGCCCAUAUCACGAAGCAAGUCCAGGAGAUUCCAGCGAGGUACUAACCGGGGCAGACAGCCCUGACCUCCAACAUGGAGAAGCAGGUGAUGCAGAAGAAGAAGAAGACGUCUAUCUAUGGCCAGGGGACUAUGCCGAUAGCCCUCAUGGUCCUCAUUUACCAAGCCACAGCUGAAGUAGACAUCACACAAAAAUCCGGCACCUAUACAUUUUGGUAUAACUCCUCAAACACUGAGGUUGCCACCUACAAAAUAGAUUUCUGUACCAUUGCUCCCUGUGUUAACAAACAUUAUGCCUGGAAGUGUGAUCAGUAUGGAACACGUAAUACCCCCACUGAAGCCUAUAUUUGUGUUACUAGCAAAUAUUGGGGAAAUAAAUGUGCGUAUUGGGGAUCAGUGGGAUGGAAUUCUGGUCAUAGUUAUGGAUAUCAGCCCAAGGAGGCUUUCUCAAGUAAAGACAAACAUGGCGAGUCCCUGCUUACCCGUCUUACCCUUUAUAGACAAAACAGAUGUGAUAGUAAAUUCAUGUUAAGCAUAAAACAUCCCCAGUCUACUGAUGCAGGCACCUAUGUCCUGGGUGAAUCCUUUUUUAUAAAUCCAUCCCUUACACAAUUCUUGUUGCAGGAUAUGUUUAACAAUGAAAAGUAUGCCCAGCUCAAGUCCCCUAAACCACGCCCCAACCUCUUGAAACCUCAUAUAGCUACCUUCAAGGAUAUGAUAGCCAUUAACAAUCCCACCCUUGAAGACACCCUAGCUAUUGAAACUGGUUUCUCUGACAUCAAUUUCUGGUUAGAAUGGAUGAAAUAUAGCGCCAAUAAACAUAAUAAAAGUAACUGCUAUGUUUGUGGCAGAUCUAGGCCUCACCUAGGCACCGUGCCCCUUAAUAUACCCCUAGAACAAGAAAGUUGUUUUUUCAGCCUUUACAACGGCACCAAAAUCAAUGACAGCCAAUGUGAAAUGUGGAAAAAGGAAUACCCCAUACUCUCAAAAAACCCCAACCUUGGUAACACAAUAACCAUAUACCCAGGUAACUACACCUGCUACAACUCCACUAGCCACUCUGGCAAGGAUUUUAAAAAUUUUCCUCCUGGAUACUGCUCAGAAACACGUAACACCAUCCUAGUUAAUCAAACCAAGUCCCUAGGGGACAUUUAUUAUAUCUGUGGAGAUUUAAAACUCAGAACUAGAUUAAAUAUCCCAUGGAAAGGUCAAUGUGCCUUAGCCAAAAUAAUUAUGCCAUUACACAUACUCCCAACUAAUGAAGGUUCCCCUACCUCAAACACUGCUCCCACACAUAGAAGAAAAAGGGAAACUCCAAUAGGUAGCUUCGAUCCACAUGUUUAUAUUGACACAAUUGGGGUCCCAAGAGGGGUGCCAGACGAAUUCAAAGCUAGAGAUGAAGUAGCUGCAGGAUUUGAAUCCUUAAUCCCUAUAAUAACUGCCAAUAAAAAUGUUGCAUGGAUCAAUUAUAUCUACUAUAACCAACAGAGAUUCAUUAAUGAUACCAAAGUUGCACUCAAAGGUAUAGCUGAACAAUUAGAAGCCACCUCUCAAAUGACAUUCCAAAACCGUAUGGCCUUAGACAUGAUACUGGCUGAAAAGGGUGGAGUUUGUGUCUACAUAAAACAGGUAGAAGGAUGUUGUACCUUUAUCCCUGACAACACAGGGCCAAAUGGUAAAGUUACCCUAGCCAUAAAAAAACUAGAUGAUUUAUCCAUAGAGCUAAAAAAGAAUUCAGGUAUUGAUAACCCAUGGAGCCAAUACUUUGGUUGGUUUGAAAAUUGGAAACAGGGUCUUGUUCAACUAGGAAUCUACAUAUUAAUUGUGAUAGCAAUUUUUUGUGUUGUUUUCUUUUGCAUUAUACCCUGCUGCAGAAAACUCGCCACAAAAGGUAUUGAAAACUCGCUUAUGUAUGAAGCCGUCUUUACAAUCCCUCCUAACUCCCCUGCAGCCUAUAAGCAAUACCUAACUGAAUAUAGAAAUAAAAAGCUCCAUGUACAGAAUCAUGUUAUUUAAAUAUAUGAUUCUAAGAGGGGAUUGAAGGGUUAAACAUGCUAUAUGAAUUGUUUUUGUGUUUGAAUAGACACGUACGCACUCUCUACAAGAUGCCUUUGUCUGUUCAUAUAAUAUAAGGCUUGUGUGUGUCUUAUCUUCAAGGACAAUUACAUACCAGAUCAAAACUGUUACUUCUGUGUGUUACUAAAAUAUCCUGCAUGUAAUGUCGUAUGCUACUUCUAUUUAUCCAAUCAUAUGCUUGCACAUAUUGUAUACACCCAUGUUUCUUUUCUAUAUAGUACGCUGUAAUUUAUUAAAUAAACAGAGUAAUUCUUAA